UGGCGGUGCGACGGCGUCGUUCACCGACGGGUCGGCACGAUCCCAUCACCGACGGCGGCCAUCAGCCAUCUCAACGCCGUCCCAACCUCCCAUCUAUCUCGGCGUUCGGCCCCAUCAACUCUCGGGUCCCCUCUCGCCCAUUCAAGACACGCCAACUACUACCCCAAUGUCUUUGUCGCGCAGCCCGUCGCCUGUCCCCGGAGGCGGCUGGGCAAGUCCGGGUCUCAACAUCGCGAGCGGCCGAUCGAGCCCAAUACCGGGGUUCACGGGUUCGACCACAACACCGGUGAAGUGGGAGUCGUCCAGGUUAAAAAGGGGCUUUGGCUCUGGGUAUCCCUCCUUCGAGACCAAGAACCAGAGCUUCUUUGGUCGACACAUGCGCCGAUUUUCGAGCGGCCUCCCACGCUUCAACACUAGCCGACACUACGCCGAUAAGGAGAAGCUCGGUCGCGGCAGGUGGUCGGUCCACAGCGUGCCAUUGCUAGGGAGAAUACAAAGCAUCAUGGGACGCAUGGGCAGGAGAACAAAGAUAAGACUGCUGAUCUUGCUUAUCAUCCUCCUCUCCAUCUACAUAUUCUACAACAGCCCCUUGGUCUACCACUGGCGGAGAUCCCUAUGGCUUGGGGGCGGGCAGAAGUUCGUCAUAAUACUAGGGGCCAAUGUCGGCGGCGGCGUGAUGGACUGGAAAGGCGCCAGGGAGUGGGCCAUCGAGCGGGACUCGGUGCGGAACAAGAAGAAAUACGUCGCUCGGUGGGGUUACGAUCUCGAGAUCGUGGACAUGAGCACGAAGAAGCGGUAUGCGCAUGAGUGGCGGGAGAGCUGGGAGAAGGUCGAUUUUGUCCGCACGACCCUCAGGAAAUAUCCCAAGGCCGAGUGGGUCUGGUGGCUCGACCUGACCACAGUGAUCAUGGAGCCGUCCUACUCGCUCCAAGACCACAUCUUCAACCACCUCGAGAAACACGUCUAUCGGGACAUUAACGAAUACAACCCGCUCAACAUAACCCACCCGUUCACCGAUGUAUUCCUCGAUGCCGAGUCGCAGAGUCCCGUGGGCGACGGCAAGGCCAGCUCGAUCAAUCUCAUCCUGUCCCAGGACUGCUCCGGAUUCAACCUGGGCUCCUUCUUUGUCCGUCGCAGCAUCUGGACCGACCGGCUGCUGGACAUCUGGUGGGACCCGGUGGCCUACGAGCAGAAGCACAUGGAGUGGGAGCACAAGGAGCAGGACGCGCUGGAGCAGCUGUACAUCUCGCAGCCGUGGAUCCGGAAGCACACGGCCUUCCUGCCGCAGCGAAUGAUCAACAGCUUUCCCAAGGGCGCGUGCGCCGACAAGGGGAUCGACCCCCGGAUACAUUACAACGAGAAGGACCGGGACUUCCUGGUCAGCAUGGCAGGCUGCGAAUGGGGGCGCGACUGCUGGGGCGAGAUGUACAGCUUUCGCGAACUGAGCUACUACCUCAACCGGACCUGGUGGGAGCGCUUCAAGGAGGACUUCUUGGCCUUGAUCUGGUUCAAGCUCACCGGUCAGAAGGUGAAGUUCUAGGACGACGAUCACCUUCCACCGCUCGGUGAAGCUGCAAACUUGCUUUCGCGCCCCUGAGAGUGGCGUAAACAAGGCAUUUCAUACGCUGUUGGAAGGGGGGGCUUCAGAGGGAUGAACACUGGCCCCGCUCAUUGUCGACUGUCUGGCACUGAUUCUCAUCUUAGGACCAAACACUUUUUUUUCAUUCUUGGCGCAUCAUGGAGUCACUGGAACAAAGAGGGGUGCAGAAUUAGAGGAUUGCAUCGCAAUCGCACGGAGUACUCUUGCUUCUUACAUUCUCAACAUAUAUUCCAACUAGUCAAUCACACCGGCUGUGCGAGAUUAUUUUUACACUGAUAUUACCCUGCCUCCACAGAAGUGACUCGUUCCUAUCUUUCUGGAGCAGUGGGUUUCGACAGUGCAUGUAAUCACUUCCCAGUCCUGUUGAUGUGUACACAUACGUCGUUUUACAUUGCAAUGAGCUCAGACUGGGAACAUGCGGCAAUACAAUGCAGCUAACGAGAACUUAAACAAUAAAGCAAGACAUU